AUGGCUGAGGUGCUGGUUGGAGCAUUUCUCUCCCCUGCCAUUGAGGCACUUCUUAAGAGAUUGGCUUCUGGUGACAUUCUUGACUUCUUCCGAGUCAAAAAGCUGCAGGACGGCUUCUUUCUGAAAAAACUGGACGUGGACGUGACCCUUAACAGUCUCAACAAAGUCAUUGAAGAUGCUGAGGAGAGGCAAUACAGAGACCCUUAUGUGAAGCGCUGGCUUGAUGAGCUCAGAGAUGCUGUGUUCCAGGCUGAGGAUCUGCUGCUUGAGAUUGCAACCGAGGCCUCUCGACGCAAGCUCCAACUUGAACUUCAUCCCACCACAGGUAAACUACGCAACCACUUGACUUCCGUGGUGAAAUCUUUUGAAAAGGAAAUCGAAACUAGGGUCCAGAAACUUGUAGCGUACCUAGAUUUCUUAGAAAAUCAGAGGAAGCGGCUGAGGUUGAAGGAUGGCUCUGGCUUACUCACUCAAGGGGGAGUGACUAGGAGAGUUUUCAAGAGAUUUCCAGAAUCAUCUUUGAUCAAUGAAGCUGAUAUAUUUGGUAGAGGUCCUGAUAAAGAGAAACUAAUCAAGAUUUUAAUGUCACCCAACAAGGGUAGGAAUCGAUCCCCAGUGGAUGUGAUUGCCAUCGCAAGUAUGGGUGGGAUGGCUACAAAAGCGAUUCUUAAAUCACUUGAUGGUAAAAUUGAACUCGAACAAUCAGAUGAUUUAGAUCCACAUCAGUGUCAACUAAAGGACAAGUUGAAGGAUAAGAAAUUUUUCUUGGUUCUUGAUGAUGUAUGGAAUCGGGAUCAUACUAUCUGGGACUCCUUUCGAAUUCCUUUCAACUAUGGAGCUCCAGGAAGUAAGAUUCUCAUUACAACACGUGAAAAACGCGUCGCAGAAGUCACGCGGUCCAGAUAUAUUCAUUGUUUAGAGCCAUUACAAGAUGAAUAUCCUUGGAAGUUAUUUGCAAACCAUGCAUUUAGCGACCAAUGUAUUGAUCCAGAACUUGAAUCAAUUGGUAGAACAAUUGUUGGCAAGUGUGGAGGGUUGCCUUUGGCAAUAAAAACAUUGGGAAGUUUGCUGGGCACAAAACCAGCUCCUCAAUAUUGGGGUGAAAUUUUGAAGAGUGAUAUUUGGUCCUUAUCAGAGGAUGAGAGCAAGAUAAUCCCAUCUUUAAGGCUGAGCUACCAUUAUUUACCUUCUAAUCUCAAGCGUUGCUUUGCAUUUUGUUCCAUCUUUCCAAGAGAUUACUUGAUAGAGAAGGAUGUUCUUAUUCAGAUGUGGAUGGCUGAAGGUUUGUUACAUUCUACUCACACAAGUAAGAACUUUGAAGAAGCGGGCAACGAAAUCUUCAAUGACCUACAAUCCAGGUCAUUUUUUGAACGAUCAAAAAAGAAUGGCAAUUACUUCAUGAUGCACGAUCUUUUGAACGAUUUAGCAAAGUCUGUGAUGGGAGAGUUUUGUGUUCAGCUAGAGAUCCCUUUCUCCUCUCAAGUACAUAGACGGGUUAUAUUCAGCGGGAAGUCAAAGUUUCAAAAACUUUGA